GUCUAGAUGUUCUCGGCUGUUGAGCUCAUUGAACUGUUGGAGGCUUUUGAAAAGAAUCGACCUGAAUGCUUGCGUACAAACACUUUAAAGACUCGUAGGCGGGAUCUUGCUGGUGUUCUAAAUAGAGGGGUCAAUCUAGAUCCAAUAGGGAAGUGGUCAAAGGUUGGGCUUGUGGUAUAUGAGUCACAAGUGCCUACUGGUGCAACUCCUGAAUAUCUGGCCGGCACUACAUGGUAUCUAAUACAAGCUGCAAAUUCUUUUUUACCUGUCAUGGCGCUUGCUCCUCAAGAAAAGGAACGAAUUGUUGAUAUGGCGGCUGCUCCAGGAGGUAAGACGACGUACAUUGCAGCUCUUAUGAAGAAUUCUGGUAAAUGCAAUGCAUCCUACCUAAGUGAACCAAGGCUUAAGUCACUGCUAGCAAAUAUACAUCGUAUGGGUGUGACAAACACUGUAGUGUGCAACUAUGAUGGGAAGGGAUGGUUACUAUCGAAGGUUCUUGGGUUAAAUUCUGUUGAUAGAGUAUUACUGGAUGCCCCCUGCACCGGCAUUGGAACUAUCUGCCCAGAGCAACAAUCUAUUAAAACAUCCAAGUCCAUUGAAGAUGUACAAAAUUGUGCUUUCCUGCAAAAGCAACUGAUUUUAGCAGCAAUUGAUUUAGUGGAUGCUAAUUCAAAAUCAGGGGGGUACAUAGUUUACUCAACUUGUUCUGUGAUGAUUCCUGAGAAUGAAGCAGUUAUAGACUAUGCACAAAAGAGAGAUGUAAAGCUUGUGCCAUGUGGAUUGGACUUUGGUCGCCCAGGAUUCAUUCGCUUUAGGGAUCAGCGGUUUCAUCCUUCUUUAGAAAAAACAAGGCGGUUUUAUCCCCAUGUAAACAACAUGGAAGGCUUUUUUGUGGCCAAGCUGAAGAAGCUAAGCAAUUCCAAACCAGCAGCUUCAGAAGCUCCUAAGACAUCAGAAAAAACAGAAGAGGCAGCAGUUACUGAUGACAAUACGGAUGUACAACUGAUGUCCCAAAUGAAAACCUGAAAAGCUAAAAAUUUUGAAAAAGGGUAAAGGAAAGAAAAAGAGUGGUCUAAAAGGGGAACCCCAAAUGAAGGAAAGGUAUCACCUACAUCCAAAGCCAAGCUGAGGAAAAAACGGAAAUUUCCUUCUAGAGAGGAAAUUUCCCAAGCUAGAGAGGAGAAACGGAAAGCCUUGAAGAAGAGAAAGGUCUGAGGAGCAAUGGAAGAGCAAGGGAGAACAACCUGAUGAAUUGAUGCAGGGAGAAGAGGGAACCCUCAGUUGCUCGGUUGACUUGUUGCUAGCUAUCAAACUGGAUUCAGAUCGGGCCACAACAAAUUUUGGAUGCCGAAAAAUUGAUAUAGUUUUGGGUCUUCCGUGCAGGCUUUUAAUUUAUCCUGAGCCAUUCAUGCUAUCAUUUCCCAUUUUUUAUUGGAAGUUGCCUGUCGGGACUGCCAAAAUAUACUGUUCUACGAUUUCUAAAUAUAUAUCUAAUUAUUGUUGUUUCUCCCUCGGAUAUUUACCUGUAGCAUGAAGUGGUCUGCUUCAAUAAUUUCUCUAGAACAUGUGUACAACAAUAUUAUGAUUGUUUUUGCUGAUCUUCA